AUGGUGGAUGUGCAAGAUCUGUCGGGAGGUUGGCUGCAGAUUGAGGUGCACCGUACGGUGGCUUCGAAGGUGCUAGUUCGUAGCUGCAUGAGUAUGGCUGGUCUGAGAGGCAGAGAGGCAGAGAGUGUCGUCGGCCAUGGAUGGAAGCACCGCGCAGUGGCUGUUGAUGGAGUUGUGUUAAUCUUCUUCUUCCUCCUCUUCGAUGUUCAGAACUUCUUUGAUUGUUGCUGUGUUUUAAAGAGAGUGAAUCAAUUCGCUUCCUUAGUGAUAGCUUGCGGAACAAAACUACGGACUCUCAAUCAGAGCCUGCAGCAUCAACAUGAAAAAGAAACUUGCAAAAAAAAAUCACUAAAUCACUUGCAAUGA